GCACUUCUUCCCAGACCCUGAGGCGGAGGAACCCCGCUCCCGCUCCCGCUCCCGCUCCCGGACCCUACCACCUUACUCAUCUGAGUCAAGCAUCUCACGUAGUAUCUACUGUAGUUCUGCUAGUAGCUCCGGGUCAGGCAAGGGCCUGUCCGUCGAAAUGAACACCGCGAUAUUGCUCUUCCAGUGUCUCCUAAUCUACGGUCUCAGCUACGUUGUCUGGCACUUGCUGAAGUGGCGCCUCGUCAAAUCUUCCUUGGACAAUGUACCCGGCCCACCGCCAGAAUCGUUCGUGAAAGGUAACAUGAGGCAAUUCCGAUCUCUCGAAUCCGUGAAGUUCCAACGGGAUAUGGUGGACAACUACGGUGGCCUUGUGGUCAGAAUGCAUGGCCUCUUCAACAGACCUGCGCUAUACAUCUACGACCCAAAGGCGCUCCACACGAUUCUGAUCAAAAACGAGACGAUAUGGGAGGAAAACCCGGGUUUCAUUGCGAUCAACCAAGCGCUGUUCGGCCCCGGCUUACUAUCGACACUCGGCGAACAACACCGGAAGCAGCGAAAAAUGCUGAAUCCUGCAUUUUCCGUCACCCACAUGCGCUUCAUGUUACCGGUCUUCUACGAUACAUGCCGGAGACUUCGUGACGCGAUUUCAAGGCGUGUCAAGGAUGCGCCACAGGAAAUAGACAUGGCAAACUGGAUGGGGCGGACGGCGCUGGAGCUCAUCGGCCAGGGCGGUCUUGGAUACUCCUUCGACAAGCUCGUUGACGACAAGAAGGACGUGUUCGCUGAAUCCCUCAAGCGUCUGUUUCCGAUCGUCUCCGAGCUCGGAAUAUUGCCGCUAUUUCUGCCUCAGUUACGGGCCAUCGUACCGGCUAGAUUGCGAGGCGUUCUCGGCAGUAUUGUUCCAAUAGCAACCGCGCGUGACAUGAAACGCAAUGCAGACCUUGUGGCACAAAAGUCACAGAAGAUAUACAACUCGAAGAAGCGCGCCUUCCAAGAAGGCGACGAAGCGAUCGGAGAACAGAUUGGACAAGGAAAGGACAUCAUGAACAUCCUAAUGAGAGCAAACAUGUCCCUUUCCGACAAGAAUGGUCUGCCGGAAUACGAGUUGGUCUCACAAAUGUCCACUUUGGUGUUGGCAGCGAUGGACACUACUUCCAAUACUUUAUCGCAGAUCCUCCUACUUCUAGCUGAACAUGCGGACGUCCAGCAGCGUUUGCGUGCGGAGAUCAUCGAGGCUUCCGGAGGCGAGGAUUUGCCUUACGACACCCUCAUGCAGUUGCCUCACCUGGAUGCUGUGUGCCGGGAAAGUUUACGCUUAUAUCCCCCUCUGCAGUGGUCGUCAAGAGUAGCGACGCAAGAUACUGUUGUACCCCUAUCGAAGCCGAUUCUUGGCGUAGACGGCACACUAAUUACUGAGAUAGCUGUACAGAAGGGUACGGAGGCCUUCACUGGUGUCCUGGGCUGCAACACGAGCAAGGCAUUCUGGGGCGAAGAUGCGCUGCAGUGGAAGCCUGAGCGUUGGUUGUCACCGCUUCCAGACUCGGUGACCGAGGCUGGUCUCCCUGGCGUGUCAGGGAAUCUAAUGACCUUCCUCGGCGGCAAGCGUGCAUGCAUCGGCUUCAAGUUCGCCGAGAUGGAGAUGAAGGUCGUGCUGGCCGUGCUACUGCAGAGCUUCGUCUUCGCUCCGUCUGGUAAGGAGAUCCGUUGGAUCCCUGCUCCUGUGUUCUAUCCAACCGUUGGCGAGGAUAGUAGAUAUCCGCAAAUGCCGCUGCGAGUAGCUACGUAUUCCAACUAGCCAUGUGUUCGACUGCAACUUGUCCAGGCUCGUGACCUAUAGUACACUU